CUCGUUAAGCGGCAAUGCUCUCCAGGGCGCCGUCCCACCGUCGCUCUCCAACCUCGCCAAGCUGCGCGUUCUCGACCUUAGCUCCAACGGCUUAUCCGGGCCCAUUCCCAACGCCUUCGCUUCUCUCACUCUCCUCACCACUCUGGCUCUCGGGUCCAACCAGCUCACAGGCCCUCUGCCAGCGUCUCUCUUCGGCCUCUCCAACCUCGUGCAUCUGCUGAUCGGAGGCAAUCGCAUCUCUUCGUCUCUCCCCGACACCAUCUCCGGCCUCACCUCCCUGCUCGCACUUGACGUGAGUCGCAACUACUUUUAUGGGAGGCUCCCGGCAGCACUGGGUACCCUCCCCUCUCUUCUCUUCCUAGACGUGAGCGAGAAUCAGUUCACAGGGGCGCCCGUCUCAUCCUUCGCGUCGCCAGCCAUGGCCAACACCUCCCUCGCCACGCUCGACCUCUCCGGCAACUUCCUCUCCUCCCCCGCCGCCUCCUACUCUGCCAAAGCCACCAUCACAACCAACGGCACCACCACCAAGAUCACAAACAGCACCACCAACAGCAGCAGCAGCAGCAGUGGCACCAACACCACUGCUACUCUCACCUCCUUCUGCCCGUCGUCCCUGCAAGGUCGCUACGCCUCUGCCAAUCUUCUCAUCUACGGUAUCUCCCCUUACAGCAGCCAGCAGGGCAACUGCUUUCUCGGAGGCAACUGGAAUGUGACCGAGAACUUUGUGAACGAGAAGCGCAGGGGCAAUGCAAAGCAGGGAGGGCCAGGAGGAAGCAGCGGUGGUGUGAGUGCCAAAGCAGGAACAACCACCGGCAACACCAGCGGCAGCAGCGGCGGGAGUGCGAGCGCGGGGACGGGGUGUGCGGUGGGGGCGCAGAGGCGGGCCAUCGAGUGUGUGGCGUUCUGCGGCGCGGCUCUCCCUGCGGGGCCGUGUGGCGGGCUCGGCACGUGCUUCCUCUCCGGCCCCUCCAACACCCCCACCUGCGCCUGCAACGCCGGCAUGUUCAACGUCACGUUGACUCUCACUGUCGGGAAGAGCCUUGUCUCGUACCCAUCCUGCUCGCCCAACCCCGGCCCUGCUCCCCCUCCGCCCCCACCUGCAGUGGACAACUCCACAAUGCGGAAAAGAGAUUCCCGAGGAGCCAAUCUCGACCAAGCAGCGACUAUCGUCUCCACUUACUUCAACCCAUACUUUCGCUACGCCUCCCUCGGCUUCACUGGGAACCUCUCAAACCCCACGUGGAACAUCACUCCCACGGUGGACUGGCGGGCGCGGGUGCCUUUGGCGCUACAGCCGGCCAAGGACCAGGGGCUGUGCUCGGCGUGUUGGAUAUUCGCGCCGGUGGCGGCGGCAGAGGCGCUGUAUGCGAUUGUGUACGGCGCAGCGGCGCCCAGCCUGGCGGAGCAGAAGGCCAUCGACUGCCAGGGCACCUGGACCUGCGCGGGCGGCCGCCCCGACGACGCCUUCAACUACAUUGCCGCCUCGGGUGGCCUCCCCAACUCCUCCGCAUAUCCUUACACUGGCGUCGCCAACAACGGCACCUGCAAGCCAGGUUUUGCGCGGCGGUCCGUGUUCUCUCGCAGGCUGUCUCUCAAUGAAGCAGAUGAAGCUGAGAGAGCGACAGGGACUGGGUUCCCCACUUCCUUCGCUUCGCUUGCUCACACCCUCUCCCGUCUGCUCAAGGCUCAUACCCCCAGCAGCAACGGCAAGCGGACAACAGCGGGCUAUGCACCAACAGCAGCACCGAAAAAGGAUGUAGCGGCACCAUCCCUCCCGCCAGCCCCAUUCCCUGUGUCCAUGUUUGAGCGCGUGGGCAUCAGCGGGUGGCUGGGCCUGGCCAUUGCAGUGCAGCAGCAGCCCGUGGUGGUUUACAUCGAGGCGCGGUCUCUCUCCUUUGUUAGCUACCCUGGGGGCUUUGUUUACGCGGACCCCAACUGCUAUGCGACGCGGCUGGUGGACCAUCUGGUGGUGGUGGUGGGGUUCAACCUGCUGGACGCCACGCCCCACUGGAUCAUCCGCAACUCAUGGGGCCCAUCGUGGGGCGAGAACGGCUACAUGAAGAUCGCCAUUGCGGGCGGCCCGGGCAUCUGCGGCAUGAACACCCUGCCAGGCCUCUACCCAUCCAUCGUCUCCCCCGACCCCUGCAAGCCCAUCAACCCGUGCGGAGGGGGCGUGUGCACAGCGGAAUACAAGAGUUCACCCUUCCCCUUUCCGCGCACCCGUCUCUCCUUCCUUCUCCCCACUCCUCCUCCCGCCACUCCAGCCAAGGUGUGCUCGUUCUUUGCAAAGAAUCCCUGUGGCUUCGGCACGUGCAUUGACGACAACAAGGGCGGCUACUCGUGCCUCUGCUCGCCGGGCUACCUGCUCGGCGCUCUUACAAGCGGCGCUGCCACCUGCAUCCCUGGUGAGUCAUCUUACAGGCCUGCUACACCAGGUGCGACGUCAGUGAAGGUGACGCUACCGGCAGACAUGUCAUGCAAUCAGAUUCGCUCCACGUACCUCCUCUCAAAGGCCAACUUCACCAGUCUCAACCCCGUCUGUGUGGAUGCAUCCCCAGUGGUUGGUCCGGCGCUGGCGGCGAUAAUGGAUUUGUGGGGGGCGGCGCUCAAUCUGAACGCCACGUGGUUCGUCACGCCGACCUGCGCGCAAUGGCAGGGGCUCGCCUGCAACGCCAUGGGCCAAGUCACCUCCCUAGAGUUUACCGGCCGCCGCCAGCUAGUCGGACAGAGCAUCCCCGCCGCCAUCACCCAACUCGGCGCGCUCCAGCGAUUGACUCUGGAUCGCAAUCUCCUUGUGGGCAGUGUGCCGCCCAACAUCGGAUACCUCUCCGCCCUCACCAACCUCUCGAUGGGCGGAAACGCGUUGCAGGGCAGCAUUCCCGCGGGCAUCUCCACCCUCGUCAGCCUCCGCGUGCUCGACCUGCACGAGAACUACCUGACGGGCGCGAUUCCGGACAGUUUCGCGCCGCUCUCCUCCCUCGCCACACUCGUUCUGGGAAACAACCGCCUCUCAGGCUCCCUGCCCGCCUCCCUCAUCGCGCAAUCCGCCCUCCAGAACAUACUCAUCGGAGGGAACGCCAUAGCGUCCGUGCUACCGGAGUCCAUCUCCGCCUGGAGCUCGCUCCUCGCCCUUGACAUCAGCCGCAACAAGUUUUAUGGCCGCAUGCCGGCUGCUCUCGGGUCCUUCACGGCGCUCGUUCACCUGUACGUGCCACCACACACUGCCACUGCCCACCGCUGUCCACCUCUACUCACCACUCUCUGCCUCUUUCUGCCGCUGCCUGCUGCAAGCAUUCACACCCAGCAGGAUCCCGAUUCACUCCUCAACCCACCGUUCUUCCCUUCCUUUUCCUUCUCCACGCCCCAACUUUCCCCUUCCUUCCUCUCCCUUCCCUCAUCCUCCUCUCGCCCCUCCCUUCCUCGUCCCCCCCUCCCUGCAGAGACAAGGUCCAUCGAGUGUGUGGCGUUCUGCGGCGCGGCUCUCCCUGCGGGGCCGUGUGGCGGGCUCGGCACGUGCUUCCUCUCCGGCCCGUCCAACACCCCCACCUGCGCCUGCAACGCCGGCAUGUUCAACGUGCUGCUGUCCAUUCAAGUGGGCAAGGAGAAGGUCUCCUACCCCUCCUGCUCGCCCAACCAAGGCCCUGCCCCUCCUCCUCCUCCCCCUCCUCCCGAUGCUAACACAUGGCGAAGGCGAGAGUUCCGAGGAGCAGAUCUGGACGACACGGCAGUAGCACGCGGUUCCUACUUCAACCCCUACUUCCGCUACGCCUCGCUUGGCUUCAUCGGCAACUACACCAGCCCAAAAUGGAACAUCACUCCCACAGUCGACUGGCGCACUCGUGUCCCCACUGCGCUCGCCCCGGCCAAGGACCAAGGCCUCUGCGCGGCGUGUUGGAUAUUCGCGCCGGUGGCGGCGGCGGAGGCGCUGUAUGCGAUUGUGUACGGCGCAGCGGCGCCCAGCCUGGCGGAGCAGAAGGCCAUCGACUGCCAGGGCACCUGGUCCUGCGCGGGUGGCCGCCCCGACGACGCCUUCAACUACAUCGCCGCUUCCGGUGGCCUCCCCAACUCCUCCGCCUACCCUUUCACCGGAGUCCCCAACAACAGCACCUGCCGGGUCACUCGCAAGCGGUUGCUUUCCGUCAAUCCCACCCGCCGCCUCCUCUCGGAUCUGUUCAACUCAGGCAACACUAACACCAACGCCAACGGCAACGCCGCCACCAACGGCAACGUCAAUCCCAACAGCGCUGUCGUCCGCAACACUUUCUCGCACACGCUCGACCGCCUUCUCCUGCCCUCCUUCUGGUCGGGACCUGCUGCCAAGGCGCCGCCGGCCGCGUCGGUGCCAAUGCCCAACUCGGCCUACUCCGUGUCCAUGUUUGAGCGCGUGGGCAUCAGCGGGUGGCUGGGCCUGGCCAUUGCGGUGCAGCAGCAGCCUGUGGUGGUUUACAUUGAGGCGCGGGCUGAUACGUUCAUGAACUACACUGGGGGCUACGUGUAUGCAGACCCCAACUGCUAUGCGACACGGCUGGUGGACCAUCUGGUGGUGGUGGUGGGGUUCAACCUGCUGGACGCGACGCCCCACUGGAUCAUCCGCAACUCAUGGGGCCCAUCGUGGGGCGAGAGUGGCUACAUGAAGAUCGCCAUUGCGGGCGGCCCGGGCAUCUGCGGCAUGAACACCCUGCCAGGCCUCUACCCCUCCAUCGUCUCCCCCGACCCCUGCAAGCCCAUCAACCCGUGUGGAGGGGGCGUGUGCACGGCGGUGACGGGCAACAAGAACCAGCGCAACAAAUGCACGUGCCCGACCAACUUUGUUGCUGUUACCAAUCUUGAUUGGACACAGUCCUGUGCUCUGGCCAAGGUCUGCGCCUUCUUCGCAAUGAAUCCGUGUGGCUUCGGCACGUGCAUUGACGACAACAAGGGCGGCUACUCGUGCCUCUGCUCGCCGGGCUACUCUCUUGGACAGCGUACAGACGGCUCUGCCACAUGCAUUCCAGGCGGCGCAACGGCAAACGUGACCCUGCAAGCAGCCAUGACGUGCAGUCAAAUCCGCUCCACCUACAUGCUCUCCCGGUCGAUGUUCAUACAGCUCAACCCGAAGCUCAAGUGUGCGGGCACCUUCCCCCCUGGCACUGUCAUUGUCACACGCAACACCAACCAGACCAGCGCCAAUGUCACUGGCUGCAUCAUACCCUACACGGUGGCCCAGGGCGACUCGUGCACCACAAUCAUGACAAUGUUCAAUGUUACCUUGGCACAGCUGAAUGUCACCAACCCCGAUUUGGACUGUGGAAUACUGGCAGUUGGGCAACAGAUAUGCAUCAGUUCCGGCACACCUCAGGCCCAGAGCUGCCUCAACUUCUACACAGUCAACCCUGGAGAGUCGUGCAAUGAUGUGAUGAUCAACACGUAUCCGCCAAUCACACCGGCACAGCUGUACCAGUACAACCCCGGAAUCAUCUGCACUGCUGACACCUCGCAACGGCUCGUCGGCCAAGAGGUGUGUGUGGAUGCCACGAUUGUCGGAGCUGUGAAAUGCAGCUACGGCGUCUACACUGUCGUGCGGGGCGACACGUGCGCGAGUGUAGUGUGCAAGGUGUUCAAGUGUUCCUACUCCACAAUGUACGCGUAUAAUGCUGGCUUCAAAUGCACCACCUCGACGCUCUACGUGGGGAAGGCUCUUUGCAAACCAAAGCCUUAA